AUGCGAGGACGAGGGAAGCCUACAGAGGCGGAGUAUAUGCUGCGUCGCUGUGGCAUGCACCGCCGCACCGCUUUUGUGACGGACGUGGAAGGCAACCUUUCAUACUUUAUUCGCUACACCGAUCAAAGCAAAGUUGUUUCUUGGACCAAUGGGCAUCUCACUUUCCGUGACAGCACUUCUCAUUUUGUGUACGGUGGUGACGUUUUUGACCACGGUGACGACAUUACCUUUGCCAAGGCGCUCUUGGACUUUCGUGACGCCUACCCAACACGUGUGCAUCUCAUCCUGGGGAAUCGUGACCUCAACAAGAUGGUGUUUGGCGCCCCUAUUAGACAGGUACUUGUGGACGCAGCACAAUUAUCGCCGGAGGCGGCCCAAAUGUUGGUUUUUCCAGUGGCCUUGUCAAAGUUUUCUGAUUGCACUAAAUGUCUGUCGUAUGCGAAGUAUUUGGAGGAAAAUGGCCUACCACCAGUAGUGACUAAAACCACGUUUAUUCAGUGGCUUUUGACGUACAAAAUGGGGGCCCCUACAGCUUUUGAGCGCAGAAGGAAGGAGCUGCAACAGAUGCGGAGCAGUGGGGAGCCCGUGGCUGAUGCCGAGGUGGCGCAAAGUUUUAUGGAUGCCGCAUACCCUGGAGGUGUAUAUUAUGAGUAUUUGAAACAUGGGAAGAUAGCUGAAGUGCUGGAUGGUAUUCUUUUCGUUCACGGAAGUGUGGUGGAUCAGAAUGCUGGGAUACUCCCGCAGAGGCAUGCCUCCGUGGGCGGGGCAACCUUGCCACAAUGUAACGUGAUGAUGAAACAUGCCACGGCUGAUGAGUGGCUUGACGCUUUAAAUGAUUUUAAAGAGGUGGAAUUUAGGCAAUGGGCGUCAGGUGGUGAUGGAGCCUUGUUGCGAGAAUACGCUUUUCCAGUCUCUCUCGUUCCACAUUCUGUGGUGGUUCACGCCCUUGUUGAGCCAGAUGGCCCUCACUACUUGGGACUUGGCGUGGUGGAGUUUCUGAAUAGAAGCGGGAUAGCGAUUGUUUGCGGCGGUCACCUGCCUGCAGGUGACACCCCAAGUAUUGUGCAGCAGCCUGGUCUCUUGCGCAUAGCCGCAGAUAAUUCGUAUUGUGCGGGUGAUGGCUCUCGCGGUGAAAGCAUUGUGGAAGUACUGUUUGAGGAGGACGGUGGCGUAUGUAUCCAUGGGCGGCGUGCGGAUGGUAUGCCGUUUAAGUUUCUUGCCACAGAACCGCUGUUAGGGCGCCAUCUGGGCGAUGCAUGGUGGGUCAAGGCAAAGGUGGGGGUGGAUCGUUUUGAGGUGCAGCGCACCCAUGACGCCUAUCGAACGAAGGAAACGCAAAUCAUCUUGGCUGACGAGGUAGAGGCUCGUCUUCGCCAGUGGCGUGAACCACCUGUAGGGGGAAGCGCUCCUGAGCGAUGGAGCAAGCAGCAACUCGCGCCAACACCACGGCUGGUGAAGGUCAAACGAAAUGGACUUCAGAAAGAAACAAAUAAAACGGAUUCAAGAUAA